AUGCCACCUCCGUCGUGGGACCGCCCCCAACCGGUGGUGUCGGAGGAGCAGAUAGAGGCGAAGCACACCACCCGCACGGGCGAGGUGGUGGUUGCAGCGGGCGGCAACAGGAAGCGGUCCACUCGGCAGGAUGCAGGCAGCGCUUUGGACCGCUACUGCACCAGCCACACAGGGGCUAAAUACGUGGAGUCCCAGGCCAAGUCCACCGGGGGCAAGCACGGCAUGGUGCUGCCAUUUGCGCCGCACUCGCUCUCCUUCCACAACCUGCUGCGCAAAGUGUCGGGCGCGUUCCGCCCCGGGGUGCUGACAGCGCUGGUGGGCGUGUCGGGCGCAGGCAAGACGACGCUCAUGGACGUGCUGGCAGGGAGGAAGACCGGGGGGUACAUCGAGGGGGACGUGCGCGUGUCAGGGUUCCCCAAGGUGCACGAGACGUUUGCUCACGUGGCGGGGUACUGCGAGCAGAGCGACAUUCACACACCGCAGGUGACGGUGCACGAGAGCCUGCUCUUCUCCGCGUGGCUGCGCCUGCUGGCUGAUGUUGACAAGGAAGUCAGAGAGGAGUUUGUGGAGGAGGUGAUGGAGCUGGUGGAGCUUGAUAGUCUGCGCAACGCCAUGGUGGGGUUGCCGAGGGUCAAUGGGCUCUCCACGGAGCAGCGCAAGCACCUCACCAUCGCCGUCGAGCUCGCAUCCCACUAG